AUGGCCCCCGGCUACCUGGCUCCGGAUCAAAAAUUACCCAAAAGCAAUACGUCCUGCUCAGGGACCUCCACCCGCAGACGAGCGUCCUGUUAUAGGACUGGACACAGAAUGGGGUCAGCAGCGGCACUGGUAGAGCAAGCCACAGACUUUCAGAAGUAUCUGAAAGUUGUGGAUGAAUGCACAUGGGUAGGGACAUUGCUCAGGGAAGACCCAGACUGGUCGGAUGGGUUCAGAGCCACCAGGGAGAUACAGGGCAGCAUCCACGUCGACAAGCCCCCCAAGCGCCAAUUGAUUCCUCGGCGUGCAUUUGACCACCUCCAUUUCCGAGCCAUCUUUGCCAAGACCGACUUUACCGCGCGGACGAGGGCAGUUCGUGGGAAUGAUGUCCUUGCCAUCAUUGAAACAAAAGCCAAGCACUAUAUAUGCAUGCAGGAGGCGGCAGAAAUGGCUCGGAAGUUGAGGUGGUCAAAUGAAAAGGAGGAGUUGUGUCUUCUAGACCUGAAUGGCCAUCGAAUUAUUUUUCUCACAAGAUCGUCACCAAGUGUGGCUGACCUUGGACCGAUAUACCACCAGCUCUCGCGAGUAUCUGGUAAACGGGCCAUCGGUCCAAACAGCUUUCUUUACAUGAAAACCUAUGGUCCGUGGAACGUCCUUGUAAGGGAACGCAUCCUUAAGCUCGCCAUAAUUGUUGUGAGCAUCAUCCUCAAGACCGUACCACAGGAAUGA